AUGGACGUCUCCAACAACCGUCUUUUCCGCUGGUCUAAGCCAGAAUGGCUUAACAACUCCGCCGUGCGCAACGCAGGCGUCUACACCUCCGGCGCACUGUUCUCCCUGGGUUUCUUCUUCCUCAUCGACGCCGCCGCUUUCUCCCACAGCGCCCGCAACGGCUCCUUCGUGCACGUCAAGUUCGUCGACUGGAUUCCCGGUAUCUGCUCCGCGCUCGGAAUGCUCGUUAUCAAUUCGAUUGAGAAGUCGCGUCUUCAUGCCGAUAGCUUCAGUAAUAGUGGAAGUGGGGUUGCGUGGAAGGCGAGGUUUGUGCUGUUCUUGGGAUUUGCGUUGCUCGCGGGUGGUCUGGCAGGCAGUGUGACGGUCAUGGUACUUAAGUACCUGAUCCAGGGAUAUCCCCUUCCGACACUUUACUUUGGUAUUGCGAACGUUAUUGCGAAUGGACUAGUUAUGCUGAGCACCAUCGUCCUAUGGAUCUCCCAAAAUAUAGAAGACGAUUACACCUACAACCUUGCUCUGUGA